ACUUAUUGACGUCAUUUGAUACAAGCUACAGGCGGAGCACAAGCCUUCGAUCGCUUAAGAAAAUGAAACCAUGGUCUGCUCAUAAAAUUAAGUUAAUUGUGUGUAUCACAGUUUCUGUCGUAUUAUUACCGCUCGCAGCAUCACCUUUCAAGGAGGCAAAAUGUGCCUAUAUCAUCCUGUUAAUGUCCGUAUUUUGGAUGCUAGAGCCAGUCCACCUAACAAUUACUGCCCUGCUGCCUGUUCUCUUAAUGCCAUUAUUCGGAAUCCUCAGUGCUUCUCAAGUUUGUGGGGAUUACAUGAAGGAGGUACUGAUGAUGUUCCUGGGAGGUUUAGCCGUAGCUGUUGCUGUAGAACACUGUAAUUUACACGAGAGGAUAGCUCUGAAAGUUUUGAUGGCAGUUGGUUCAGACACUAAAUGGUUAAUGUUCGGAUUUAUGUCGACUACAAUGUUCCUUUCUAUGUGGAUUAGUAACACAGCCACCACAGCCAUGAUGGUGCCAAUUGUUGAAGCUGUGAUGUUAGAAUUGAAAUCGAGUUUGGAAUGUGAUGAUGUAGCACCAAUUAAAACAGAAUCGAAAGUUACACAUGAAGUUUUACGCUCAGCCCUGCUUCUAAGUGUUGCAUACUCCGCAAAUUGUGGAGGAACCGGCACAAUUACUGGGACAUCACCUAAUAUGAUAUUGAAAGGAUUCCUUGAAGAAACACAUCCUGAGAGUUCUGAGAUCACUUAUGCCAGCUGGAUGCUGUACAACGUGCCGGGCAUGAUAAUAUGUGUUUUUAUUGGUUGGACAAUUCUGCAACUACUUUACGUGCCAUGCUGGUGGAAGCAAAGUGAAGACGAUCGCCAACGGAUACGGAAAGUUAUUACCUCUAGAUACAAUGAACUUGGAGCUAUUACGUUUCAUGAAGGAGCUGUUUUCUUCCUUUUCAUCGUUUUGGUGUUUCUGUGGAUUUUCAGGGAACCGAAGUUCAUGACUGGCUGGGCUGAGCAUCUAGCUUCUGAUACACGAAUCGGCGAUGCAGUCCCUGUAAUAGGGAUAUUAUUCUUUCUUUUCUUUCUACCCGCGGAACCUUGGCAGCCCCACAUUAGUCCACCGCUACUCGUCUGGUCAGCUGUGCAAAAGAAACUUCCUUGGGGUCUAGUCCUACUACUUGGAGGAGGAUAUGCUCUUGCUCAUGGUACUCAAGAGUCCGGCUUAUCUAAAUGGCUUGGUGACCAAAUGAUUCAACUAUCCUUUCUUUCUCCUCUUACAGUACUGGUAAUCCUUUGUGUAUGCACAACUGUUCUCACAGAAGUCAUCAGCAAUUCAACUGUCACAACGAUCUUGCUACCUGUUGUCAACGAGAUGGCUGUUGCCUUUCGUAUUCAUCCCCUGUAUCUGAUGUUACCUGUCACUAUAUCUUCUUCGUACGCUUUCAUGUUGCCAGUUGCUGGAGGACCUAACGCCAUAGUAUUUGAAACCGGGCAUAUGAAAACUGUUGAAAUGAUUAAACCGGGUAUAAUAAUGAAUAUUAUGUGCUGCAUCAUCCAAAUUCUCAUGAUUAAUUCCAUAGGCAGCUUCGUGUUCAAUCUUGAUACUUUUCCAGAUUGGGCUGCGAAGAAUACAUUUCAAAACAACACAUUUAAUGGAUCUUUUAGUAUAACGUAAAAUUUAAAAUAAAGCAUAUUUAUUUAAAUAAAUUAAUUCGACCCAA